AUGUCGGUAAAAGUGGAAAAACCAGAGCCAAGGCAAAGAGCCGGACUGCAGUUCCCGGUGGGCCGUGUCCACAGGCUGCUGAGGAAGGGGAACUACGCGGAGCGUGUGGGAGCUGGAGCCCCGGUGUACCUGGCGGCUGUGCUCGAAUACCUGAAAGCUGAGAUCCUGGAGCCGGCUGGAAACGCUGCCCGGGACAAGAAGAAGACCAGGAUCAUCCCCCGCCACCUGCAGCUGGCCGUGCGCAACGACGAGGAGCUCAACAAGCUGCUGGGCGGAGUGACCAUCGCUCAGGGCGGUGUGCUGCCCAACAUCCAGGCGGUGCUGCUGCCCAAGAAGACCGAGAAGGCAAAGUAA